GACUAGAGGGGCUGAAUGGACUGGUGUGCUCUCGCUUUGCAGGUUCUGGGAAGGGAGCUGAGCGAGGGGGUGCCCCCUGACCGCCGGCGAACUGGAAGGCUGCCCGCUGAAUGGGAGCCCAACGCCGCGGGAAACCCUGACAAGCUGGAUCCCCCGCCCCCCAGCCAGACCGCGGCCGCCCCCCUCUCCCGCUACCGCCCCAGCUUCAGCAUCGGCAGCGACCGGCUCCACCUGGCUGAGAAUGACGGCGCGCUCCCGGCGAGCCGCCUCGGCAGACAGUCCCGAGAUGUGGGGACGAUCACCGACGUCUGUUACAGCGAGAACGUCCCGGAGGUGGAGAUAUUCAGCCUCCUGGAGGAAGGGGUGCCGAGGUACACACUCAGGGCCGACACCGUCUACGGCUACAGCCACGACGACUGGCUGCACACUCCGCUGCUGAGCCCCGACCUUGACGUCAGCCUCACCCAGGAGCAGAUCGAGGAGACUCUCAAAUACUUCCGUGAGUGGGGGUAAUGAGCGGGACGAGGG